AUGGGAGACGAGAAGGGGCACGAUGUUUACGUCGACCUAACGAGCUGCGCCUUUGACCCCAAAACAUACAUUAGCCGCAUGUAUGCCAAUGCAUCACACGAUGACCUUCAGCAGGAGUUACUUGUCUCCGUCGAUUCUGAGGCGGAGGCCGCCGCCACUGCGCUGCAGCAACUCUUGCGUGAUAGCGUGAGCACAUUUGUUGUCUCGAAGGAGACCCUCGACACCAUGUACAAUAACGACGCGGAUCUUUUCACUGGUGAUGCGGUUGGUUCGCUAGCUAAUUCCUUUCGUAAAGCGGUUGAAGAUGGGGAAGCUAUUGUUGCCCCGACGAUGGAGUUGUUUCAAUCCCUCUGUGCAUGCAAAGUAACUAGGGAACGACUUGCGAAGUUUAUAACCGUGUGGAAGGUACCCGGUGUCAUAUAUGAACACUGCGGGGCUCGUGUGCCAAGGCGACGGUCCGAAUUGCAACACGACCACCAGCGGCUGCAGGACCUUCAAGAGGAUCAAAUGGCGUCUUCGAGGGCGACACGAUUUUCAAAGGGACAAAGCUUUUGUGAGACGGAGGAUGACACGAGGGAUGAGGUGUACUCCGCCACUGGUUCCGCAUUUCCACCAGCAGCAACAGCAAGCACGAGGGAUGACAAUUCGUCCGUUAGGUGUAUUGAUGACGACGAGAAGCAAGCGAGGCAGCGUAUUUCGAGGGGAGCACUGGAAGACAUUGCGUUUGAUGGUGGUGAAAGUAGUGAAUACGUUCUACUUGACAACGAGGAGCUUGAGAAUUGGUACGGCACACCGUUGGCCCGUCGCCGCGAUGGUGACACAAGCGAUGGCCGUAGUAAUUUCGAGGCCGCUGUGCUGAAUUUGCGGCGUGCGAUGGUUUACCUAGAGGAGAACUGUAACUUGGAAGAUGCGGUUAUGCUAGGUUUAGAAGAGGGGGAUGAAAACAACACCAGUGGUAGCACUGGUCUUUCUGAGCAGCAGCAACGGGGGAGCAUCACCAUUACUUAUCGGUAUGCAUUGGCACUUCUUCGUGCUGCUCUUUACCUUAACGAUCGGAUGGCACUAGAAUUGCAGCACGUAAGUGCGACCGAUACUGUCCUCAUUGAAGACAUGCUAUCCGGAAUGAUGGAUGUGUCGAUCGCAGCUGUGAAACUGCGCCACUUCUGCUGGGUUGCUAGGGGGAAAUUACCCUCCAGUGCCAAGCACAAUGAAGCUAUUUUGGGGCUUCGGCAAGAACUCCAAGUGAUUGAGAACGAAAGCCGUUGCUCCGAUGAUGAGGGGAAAGAAGACGGCAACUCGGAUGAUGAUAUACCGGCGGAGCCAGCCUUGAGGAACGUUAACGUCAAUCAAGGUGAAGAAAUUUGGGGGACAAAAUGCGAUGGGGAAGAAGCAGUACUUCUACGUGUUGACGGUAGCGGAAAUACCUUGCCAGCCAUUUCCAAUAACAAUAGCAGAGGUGAGACCAAAGUGGAGCACCCACUGGAGUAUUACUUGAGGGUCAUACGAAAUCAACACGUACGAACAAUGGAAAGCACCGCACGUCGCCUCUGCCAAGAAGCCGAUGAGUGGAUGCAAAAGUUUAUGCCGACUGAUAGCAGCGAGAACGGUGCCGCAGGCAAUUGCGGGGAUGCGGACUUUGCCGCGUCGUGCGCUCGAAUGUGUGCUAAUCCGGACAUGGAUUUCUCUAGCACAUUGAAGCGAGUGGCCAGCUGUGACUGGCUAGACUCGCCGUUGGAUAUGGAUGGGAGCAUAUGCAACCUAAAGGAUACAGCCACGAUGUUCAACAGUCGCAACAUGUUGGCGGCCCUUAGCGAGGGCACGGUGUCUGACCGUAUUAAAGUGGGUGGUUUUGAUGUGGACAUGGGUGAGUCCGAUGCGGUCCAGCGUGCUGAGGCAAUUCUCGAAGCAUUCCGUACUCCUGAAAGGGAUUUCGAGCGUUUUACAACUUUUAGUAUUGGCAGGGUAGAUAUGAGCAACGUGCUGGAGUGCUCAGCAACGCAGUUGCGCAUGUAUAGUGCGGCUUUACUAACUCAGCUGGAGGACCGUGCUGGGAUGGAGGCAAACGUACAAGCACACACUGCAGCGGGUGCCGCAAGCACGUUUGCUGAUCGCCUCUUCACUGCCUGCGUUGAUCAGCUAGAGGUUAUUUUAGUAUCGUAUUGGGGUGGUAUAGCGGAGGAAGUUCAUGCGGGUAUGUUUGACUUCUCUCCGGACCCAAGUAGUAUGUUGUACCGAAUGCUCAAUGGACCGGCGCUGCAUGAAAAAGUGAAUGUGCCCAUGACAAGAGUACGAGGGGGAGGAGGCGGUGGGAAUUCUUGCGAGGAGGAGCUACCAUCUCUUCGGUAUGUUCCCGUGGUGCAUGACAAGGGCCCGUCACUGCGGGAGUUAUCAGUAAGCGCUGUGAGACAGGUUGUGCGCCUGACAAGCGACAUUUUGCAAGCCCUGUUGCUCACCAAUGUGAAUCGUACCGUACUACAGUGCUUUGUACGUACAAUGUCCUCUUAUCGUCCCCGAGAUUUGGUCGGUGAUGAUUCCAACUGCGAAGUUGACAGGGAUGCUUACGACUCCGUUGAGGAUGAGCACGCUGAGCUUCAUGCAGCCCUGCUAGUAGAAGUAAUUGUUGCCCAGUGGGAAAAGGCGAUGUUGCACGUGAGCGGCGCUGUCCGCCGAAUGAAGGUGGUAAUUGGUGAAAGUUGUACGUCAUCCUUGGUGCAGGGAGGCACGCAAGCGCAUCAGGUAGGUGAACUGAUGCAGGAACUUGAGGAGCUGCGCUCUAACCUGUUUCGAUGCUAUACACACGGAGUGGGUAUGCUUGUCAAAGCAUACGUGACGCUGCUGCCAUCGUUACAACCGUCAAUCGCGAAGGCAUCGAAGCCAGCGGAGGUAAAUGAGGCAAGCAUUAAUGAGUAUAAUGAUAUUCAUAGUGCCAACGGCGGUAAGAACGCGGGCGCACAUAGUUCCGUUUGCGCACGAGUAAGUAGGGAGUUUGUUUCGUCAGUGUUAACGAAUAAGUUUCUGAACCUCAUUUCUUUUGUUGUGGAUCGCACAGCACCAUUUUUACAGAGGUUUGAUGAAGUACAUGGUGGGAUCGAUCUCUUUGUUGAGAAAGCUGAACGGCUUGAAGGGGAAGGGAACUACCGCCGACGAAGAAGGAAAGCACAGGGAGAGUACAACAACCCAGGCGAUAAGUCUAAGGUUUCCGGAGCGAACAAGCAGCGGCUGGAUGAUACAGAUCAGCAGCUUGACGCGACCAGCACUUUUAUGGCAGAAAGCAACAGCAAGUUAGUGCUUAAACACGUGGCGGAGCAUGAGGACAUGCUUCUGGCCUUAAUUGCGGACAUUUUGCUCGUGUUUGUUGACGCGCUUCACCACAAAUGCCAACGUGUUUCACUAGACGUUGAGGCCGCUCCUGAGACAUGCGAAUGCGCAAUCAUGGAGAGUCUUGCAGACGCUUUGUGCCUGUCUAUGGCGGUGACGCCCAUCAUUACUAACGAACUCAUUGUUCCGUGUUUGUUGGAUGUUGUUGUGCGGUUAAACUCUGACCCAAAAACCUCUCGUGGUUCCGUGCUCAUGAUCAAGCAGAAGACUGCGGACUUCCGGAAGGUUCACCUUGCGCUUGUGGAAGAGCAUUGCCAACUUCUUGUUGAUGCUCUGCUCGGCAUGCUUGCCUCGGCGCCACAGCAGCGCAUCACACGUGUCGUCCAGGAUGCUGGGUUCAUUCAUCCAAUGAUGGAUUGGCAGCGAGUUUCCCCCCUGACAGCAGGUGCAGUUCGUCCGUACGUUGGUAGGAGCUUCGCUCUCAUUGCUCGUGCACACGAACAAAUACACUGGCUUCGGCAGCCGAUGCUCGCAGCCGCCAUAACGCAACGACUCGUUGCACAUCUUGCGAUGGUGUUCGUGGCGGCAACAACACCCAAUGGAAAUGUGUUCGAGAUAUCACUGGACUGCAGCACUAGCUUCCUUACCUAUGGGCUUCUUCUAAUCGAGGCUGAGGGGCGCACAAUCCUCAAUGUAACGAAAGCCAUCAUACAAAGUGUUACCGAGAAUCCAUGUGCCGGGAGCGUACUACCCGAGCUCACCUCAGCCUAUGAAGUGUUACAGAGCACUGUAGCCGCCUUGGCAGAGCGAGGGUUUGCGGCAUAUAAGUCGUUAGAGGAAGCGGAGGCUCUGCGGAGUAGCCAGGGACCACUUCUCAACACAAUGCAGGGGAGUAUGUUGAUGUCUUCCCAGCGCGCGGAGCGGUGCGAAGCGAUGGUGGAAAGUGCCCUUCAGAAUUCGAGAUUUAUUGUGGAGGCGAUGCUAACUCACGUUAAAGAAAGUAGCCAAGGUGGUCGAUAUCAUGCGAUGGCAUUUGCACCACUUGGGAGUAGCGUUGCUGAAAUCGUAGCGGAGCGCUUGGCGAAGCGAAAGGAGGGCUACCACCGGACCAAAGGCCCUCAGAAGCAAAAAGAGAAGGAUGUAAGGUUCGUUGGAGAAAAAGAACGCUCAGUGGAGGAAGCGCCUCACGAGGCGGUGGCGGCAUCAGCAGUGAAGGUGUCGUCGCGUAGGAAGACGAGCAGGAUAUUAGACGAUAGUAAGACGUCUGCAGCGGACGAUCCGUUAGAGGGAACUAUCAGAGACCAACCAAUAACGAAGCGGUUGAGUGUUUUACGGUACGCAGUAGUGCAGGAGGAGCGCCGGGCUGCAGAAACUGAGGCAACAGCUACGCAAUCCAAGCAAACAGACUCCCAAUCAAGGCAGGAUGAUUCACUUGAUAGAGGACAUGAGCGUUCACUAAGCUCUGUGAAGGCCCGCAACAGUCAAAAGCGGCGACAUGUUUUAAGUUCUUCGAUAGCGGACGGGGACACUUUUUUGCCAUCAGCUGCUGCCACUACCCCAUUUGGUGGUGGUAAAACAUCUACCCGUGCUUUCAAGAGAUCAAUACUACAUUGA